ACGAAAAGUCAUUUUAGAGAUUCUUCUUCACUAUAUAUAACGUUAUUUAGACCAACAUACAUCAAAAAUAAUAAUGAAGACGAAGAGCCAAGAAACACAAGAAGACUCUCUUCAACAAGAGACUCGUCAUCAUCUUCACCAAAUCUUCAUCUCAAUGAUGUUCAAAUCACGCAGAUUCUUCCAUCACCUCGUCUUAUAUUCGUUUCUUAUUGGUUUCGGGUUCGGUCUCGGCUUCCUACUCAACUUCCACAUGAGAAACGUUUCUUUCAGCCCCCAACUCUUUCGUCUAUCUUCUCCUUCCCUCUCUCCACAGCUUCAGCCGCAGCCGGAAAAUUUAGUUAUAGCUAACGAAACGGUUGUUCCUGAAGGGCAAAAAGGUCAUUCUCCGGUGGAGUUUGAGAAGGUGAAGCAUCAUAUCAUGACGGAGGAGGAAGAACUCAUGUGGCGUGCGUUGGAGGUUCAAGAAAGACCGUCGACGGUGAAGAAGAAAGUGGCGUUUAUGUUCUUGACGAGAGGGAAGCUUCCUUUGGCUAAACUGUGGGAGAGAUUUUUCAAUGGCCAUCAAGGCCUUUUCUCUGUUUACGUUCAUACUAGUAACCUUUCUUACGUUGACGAUGGUAUUCCUGAAACGUCGCCGUUUUAUCGUCGGAGGAUUCCAAGCAAGGAAGUGAAAUGGGGUAUGGUGAGCAUGGUGGAGGCUGAGCGGCGGCUACUAGCUAACGCUCUGCUCGACGCAGCAAACCAACGUUUCGUCCUCCUCUCGGAAACAGACAUACCUCUCUUCAACUUCUCUACCAUUUACUCUUACCUCAUAAACUCUCAACACUCUUUCGUCGACCUCUACGAUCUUCCUGGACCAGCAGGUCGUGGCCGCUACAACCGACGUAUGUCCCCAGUUAUUACCCGCAGCAAGUGGCGAAAAGGCUCUCAAUGGUUCGAAAUAGACCGUGAAAUAGCUUUAGCUGUUGUCUCCGACAACACUUACUUCCCAUUGUUCAAGAAACAUUGCCGUUGGGGUUGUUACGCUGACGAGCAUUACUUGCCAACGUUUGUUCACGUCAUGUUUCCGGGGAAGAACGCGAACCGGUCGUUGACGUGGACGGAUUGGUCACGAAGGGGACCUCAUCCGAGGAAGUAUACAAGACGGUCGGUGAGGGCGGAGCUUCUAACGAAGCUGAGGAAUAGAGAAGGAUGUGUGUAUAAUGGGAAGGAGAGUAACAAAUGUUAUUUGUUCGCUAGAAAAUUCGAUGAUAGUUGUAUAGAUAUGUUGAUUCAUUUUGCUGGUAGGAUUAUGGGGUUUUAGUUUUUUGGUCUUUAAAUUUAUGCAUUGAUAUAUGCUAUGGCCCAUUUAUGCAUUCAAAUUUAUAAGGCCCAUUUCUAAUUACAAAACUUUGUUCACAUUAAUUUUA